GCAAGGGCAGUGCACAUAAAGAUCUCAUCAUGUUGUAUGACACACUGAGCCACAGCCUCUCUGAGCACCAGAAGGAGUGUAAGCUUCUUGCCACUUUAGGGUGCUGUGUGGUUGUGUCUGCACUGGGCCUGAGAUGGAUAAGGAACAGGAGUAUUAUCUGCAAGAUGGAACUGGAGCAAAAGAAAAGAGACAAAAGUAUUCAGGAGAUGGAGAAAGCUGUGACAAGGUUCAAAAGACAGAAUCCAGAAACUGAUUCUAGAAAUAUCCUGAAAAUGACAUUGAUGGAGCUUACUGAGAAGCUUAAAGAUGGUUCUCUUACUCCAGAGGAAGUCCUGUACACUUAUAUUGGGAAGGCUUUGGAAACGACCAAAGAGUUUAAUUGUGUUACUAUGUUCCUGGCUGACUGUGAGACUCAACUCCAGGAACUGAAAAAGCAGAAGGAAAAGGGUCUUCUGUAUGGGGUUCCAGUCUCUAUAAAGGAUCAUAUUGAUUACCAGGGAUUACCUUCCACGUGUGGCUUAGUACAAUACCUCGAAGAGCUGAAAAAAGAGGACAGUGUAAUUGUGAAGGUUUUGAAAAAACAGGGAGCAAUUAUAUUUGCAAAGACCAAUGUACCACAAUCAUUGAUCAGCUAUGAAACCAGCAACACAAUCUAUGGAUGCACAUUAAAUCCACACAACAAAACUAAGAGCUGUGCUGGUUCCUCAGGAGGAGAAGGUGCAUUGAUUGGAGCUGGAGGCUCAAUACUGGGAAUUGGAACAGACCUUGGUGGAAGCAUUCGCCUCCCAUCCAGCUUCUGUGGAAUACCUGGAUUCAAGCCAACGCCAAAGAGAGUCAGUAUUAUGGGCAUACGAUCCGCGAUUGAUGGUCUGCUUUCAGUGCCUUUGAGUGUGGGACCCAUGGCAAGAGAUGUGGAUAGCAUUACUCUGUGCAUGAAGGCUCUCUUGUGUGAGGAGAUGUUCAGGUUAGAUGCAUGGGUUCCACCCCUUCCAUUCAACGAAGAGCUCUACUCCACUGAGAAACCUCUUCGCAUUGGAUAUUAUGAAACAGACAGUUUUUUUAUGCCAAGCCCAGGUAUGAGACGAGUAGUAUUGGAGACCAAAAAGCUUCUGGAAGAGGCUGGACACAAGCUUAUACGUUUCACUCCUCCUCGCAUAGAAUACAUGAUGAAUGAACUCUGCAUUAAAUCAUUUUUCGGCGAUGGAGGAGAAACAAUGAGAGAGAAAUUUAAACCUAACAUUGUGGACCCAAAUCUUAAAGAUCAAGUAUUUAUGUACAACAUUCCAAGACCACUGAAGAAGAUACUUUCAUUUAUUCUGAAGCCCUUGAUGCCAAGAGUUUCCUAUUUUAUGGAUUCCUUACGUGGUGUAAGUUCUGUCAAGGAGCACUGGAAGCAUCACACAGAUGUUGAGGAAUACCAGGCUGAAUUUCUUAAUGAAUGGCGAAAGUUAAAUUUAGAUGUGAUACUCUGUCCUAUGUUGGGUCCUGCCUUUAACCUGGGCUAUCCUGGAAAACUCCUAGCUGCUAUCAACUACACUGUAUUAUAUAACGUACUACAGUUUCCUGUUGGGGUUGUGCCUGUGAGUUCAGUCACUAAUGCAGAUGAAGAGGAGAUGAAACUUUACAAAGGCUACAACAAGGACCUAUGGGACAAGCUCUUUAAGAAGGCUUUGGAAGGUACCGUGGGUUUGCCCCUAUCUGUACAGUGUGUGGCAUUACCUUUUCAAGACGAGCUCUGUCUGCACUUCAUGAAGGAAGUUGAGACUCUCCACAAGUUGCACCAAAUAAAGAAAUAAAAAUAUGCACAUUUUGCUUAGAACCAGCUUAGUGCAGUAAAUAGGUUUAUGUUAAAAAUUAUUAUAGCACUAUAAAUCUAAACUCAAUAAGUGAAAUCUCACUAGUUUUCCAGUAGAAAGAAUAUUACCUUGUAUUUUUUCACUGCAAUAAAUCUAUUUUCUAUCCUA